AUAGUUUGACGUUUUCAUUUAACCAAACAAAUAAUUGUUUAUCAACGUUUUCAGAAAUAUUUUUUAUAAAAAUUAGUAAUUUUUAAAUAAAACAAUGGCCAAGCAUCAUCCAGAUUUGAUCUUUUGUAGAAAACAGCCUGGAGUUGCUAUUGGACGUCUCUGCGAAAAAUGCGAUGGCAAGUGUGUUAUUUGCGACUCCUAUGUCCGGCCUUGUACAUUGGUGCGAAUUUGUGACGAAUGCAAUUAUGGUUCAUAUCAGGGAAGAUGUGUAAUUUGUGGUGGCCCAGGGGUAUCAGAUGCUUAUUAUUGCAAAGAAUGCACAAUUCAAGAGAAAGAUCGUGAUGGUUGUCCUAAGAUUGUUAAUUUGGGAAGCUCGAAAACCGAUUUGUUUUACGAAAGGAAAAAAUAUGGUUUUAAACAAAGUUACUAGCAUUAGGACUACGUUUGGACUUCUCUCAAUUUUUUGUAAUUUUCUAAUCUAAGUUAAAAUAAAAGAAGAGCGACUAACAUCUUUUAAUUUAUAGAUAAAUAAAAUUUAAAACAAACAGAAAAAAAAUAUAA